AUGGUGCUCCAAAUCACCGUCGAGCGCGACUACACCAUCGAAGACACCAGAACCGACGCGUACACCGUCCACGUCGAAUCCCACCGCAUCCUGACCGUCUUCACCAGCUCCGACUUAAUCGCCACCAAAUGGCUCAAGCAAGCGCUCAAGUCCUCCCUCACCAAAACCACCGUUCUCGUCGGCGUCUCGGCUGAGACGGACUACCCUUGGGGGUACAGGAGCAAUGAGGACGUGCCGUACGACAUCCUCUGCCUUAACAUCGGCUCCCAGUCCCUCAUCUACGGCUUCCCUUACGACCGUGACAAACCAGCACGCUUCCUCCUCUCCUUCUUCCAAGACCCUAGGGUUUUCGCCAUCGGCCACGGCAUGGCCGAGCUCUCCAGGAAGCUCAAGCUUCAUCACCGGAUUCAGACCCGGAACGCCGUCGACGUCAGUAAUCUGGCGGUCAAGGGGCUGAAGAGAGACAACCUGGAUCUCGGGCGGUUCGGCCUGGACCCGCUCGCGAAGGCCGUGCUCGGGAAGCGAAUGGACGUGUUUAGGCCUGAGGAGAAGGUCGAAUGGUACGUCGAGGAUAGUUGGAGCCUCCGGAGCCAGAAGGUCAAGUUCUGUACUGUUGAUAUCUAUCUGUGCUUCUUGAUCGGAUUGGAGUUGAUCGACUCCAUUGACGGUGCUGCUGGCCCUAAGAAGAAGAAGAAGGACAAGUAG